CCGGCGCCCGCGCGGCCUCCGAGGAACCACAGAGUCCGCGAGGGAGCAGAGGGGCCAGCGGCCGGGGCCGCUCUGUCCCCCGCUUCCGGCAGCGCCUCGCUGCUCCGGGAGCGGCUGUAGCCGCGUACGCAGUUUCCAUGGGGACUGAAGAUGGCGUCGCGAGGUGAGCGGUUGUCCUCCACGCCGCUGGAAAUCCUGUUCUUUCUGAACGGGUGGUAUUAUGCCACCUACUUCCUGCUGGAACUCUUCAUCUUUCUGUAUAAAGGUCUGCUGCUCCCAUAUCCAACGGCAAAUCUAGUAUUGGAUGUGGUGAUGCUUCUCCUUUAUCUUGGAAUUGAAGUAAUUCGACUGUUUUUUGGUACAAAAGGAAACCUCUGCCAACGAAAGAUGCCACUUGGUAUUAGCGUGGCCUUGACCUUCCCAUCUGCCAUGAUGGCCUCCUAUUACCUGCUACUGCAGACCUACGUGCUCCGCCUGGAAGCCAUCAUGAAUGGCAUCUUGCUCUUCUUCUGUGCCUCAGAGCUGCUGCUUGAGGUGCUCACCCUGACUGCUUUCUCCAGCAUGGACAGGAUCUGAAGUACAACAACUUGAGCCGACAGCCCUCCUGGGCUGAGACCACAUGUACUUCUGGUACUUUGCCACACCAGUGAGAAAUGGUGGGUCAUGCUGUCCCAGGGAAGGUUGCUGCUUUUUCGCAGCACAGACAUUUGGGCCACAAAUCAGCUUAAGGCCACUGGGCAUCAUCUUCUAAACCAGGACCAUCGCCCAAAGAGACUCUUCUGUGUCCCAGUAUGGGGGGGUGGAGCGGCCAUCCUGGCCUUCUCAGAACCAAUUCCCUGCCGACCUGCAGUUCUCCUCUUUGAUCAUCAUAGCCAGAGCAUCUUGUGUGGACCACGCGGGCUCCUUGGGCUCCCAGCAGGACCUGCGCCACAUGCCCCUGUGCGUGCUGCGCCACACCUGUCUCAUGAGCACAGCCCCAGGACAGUGAGUUCCCAGAAUGAUGCAAAAACCGCUCAUCCAUUCCUCAGAGACUGAGCUCCAGAACUUUUUUGUAGAUCAUAGUGUUAUUUUUCUACUUUCAUCAUGAAAUGAACAUUAUUUUAUAAUAAAUACUAUUUUCUAUUUUUGGGUUGUAGACUUUUCCUUAUGGCACCUGUGCCUACAAUUUCAUCCAAGGCAAGAGAAGGUAGAGAUUAGCCCACUGGCUUGUCCCCGGGCUGUGCUUAAGAACCCAUUCAACAGGAGCCAGACAGUGGCCCAGUGCAGGUGUAUGAGGACUGCUGGUUCAGA